GCAGAUCAUUUUUGGAUAAAAAUCCCCACUGUUUACAAUCAAGGAAGAACGAGGAAAUGUUGAAAGGCGUUAUUCUAUUGCUGGUGGUAGGUUUGGUCCACCAUAUCAGGGCGACUGAAAGUGACGACCUUGGCAGCACCAAAGGGUGCACAGCGAAGGCGGACAAGGCACAUUGCUGGGCACAAUUUCGAUAUAAACAAUGGCCAAUCGAUUUCAAUGCUACAAUCGAAGUAAACUUGACACUGGUGUCUCCUCAGACACUUCGGCUGAUACUGAUUGGUGAUCAUAAAGAAUUAAAGGACGUCACUUUACCCACUUCAAAAGUUCCGGAUGCAGUAUGUGACGAAGUGUCUGACACGUCCAUAUGGUGCGUCAGUUUCAAACAGUGGUCUUCACAGAACGGAGGUCUAUCAGCAAACACAAUAUUCACCUUCAAGCUGAAGUACGCUCCGCUCACCUCUACCAUCAAUGCAGGUUCUUGGGCAUUAUCUAAGAAACUCAGCUCAAGGUUACAUUUCAACAAAUAUGUGCGCAUGCGUGCAGAACCCAGUGUCUAAUGGAGCAUAGAAUAUACCAGAAGGCAGCUAUACUUAUCCCAAGCCUCACGCUGAAACGCUGACAAGUUGUACAACACUUUUGACUGUGCGUGUACGCCAAUUUACCCAGAAUAGAUUGACAACUGACGUUUGGCUGAUGUGAAGAACCGCACCACAUUAACUUUAAUUUUGCCUAAUGCGUGGUCCUAGAAAACCAACUCCACAAUUACGUUCGAUGUUACUUUCUGUUUUUAUGGACUUUUUAGCUUGAAAGUAAAACUAGAAAAAGGGACUGAACAUAUUGAUUUCGAACUUGCAAAUAUAGUGAAACAUUAUUCAUAGUAAGCAAAUAAAUGUGAUUUUAUUAAUAAAGCUUUUCAAUCA